UCUCCUCUUUCUCUCUCUCUCUCUCUCUCCGUCUCGGUCUCUCUCUCGCUCUGUGUUCUGUCUCUUUUGAAGUGGUGCACUCCAGGGUGACUGGAUGUCACAUGCUCAGUUUGAUGCUGUGACCAGCCAGUGUGUGAAACAAAGCCCUACUCUGAUCCUGUGUAGAACAAAGAAGUAGUAGCUCCUCUGUUGUGAUGCUGUUGGACCUUGAUGUCACUCAACAAAUGUGUUACACACGUGUGCUAAUGUCACACUUAGUUAGUUUAAGAGUUAGUAAGACUAAGAGUUUACACGGUACUAUCAGUAAUCUGAUCCUAUGAAAGGAGUGUGUGGCGAGUGUGAGUUAGAACAGGUGGCAAGUUUAGUGGGUCAUAGUAGAUAGCCAACAGCUGAUGCAAAUACACACACACACACACACACACACAUGUAAACAAACUCUGUAUACACAAGGCCUAAUCUAUCUCACAGUAACGUGUGUGUGUGCGUGUGUGCCAGGUCAACUCUAUAUGAGAAGCUUACAUCGUUUGCAGUCAGAGGGUGAUGGGUUAACAUGGGUAUUUAGAAAAUGAUUUUGUCUCACUGUAUAGCCACUGUAUAGCCACUGUAUAUCCACUGUAUAGUCACUGUAUAGCCAUUGUAUAACCACUGUAUAGCCACUGUAUAACCACUGUAUAUCCACUGUAUAACCACUGUAUAUCCACUGUAUAACCACUGUAUAGCCACUGUAUAACCACUGUAUAUCCACUGUAUAGUCACUGUAUAGCCAUUGUAUAACCAUUGUAUAGCCACUGUAUAGCCACUGUAUAACCACUGUAUAGCCAUUGUAUAGCCACUGUAUAGCCAUUGUAUAACCACUGUAUAGCCACUGUAUAACCAUUGUAUAGCCAUUGUAUAGUCACUGUAUAGCCAUUGUAUAACCACUGUAUAGUUAUUGUAUAACCACUGUAUAGCCACUGUAUAGCCAUUGUAUAACCACUGUAUAGCCACUGUAUAACCACUCUAACCACUGUAUAGCCAUUGUAUAACCAAUGUAUAACCACUGUAUAACCAUUGUAUAACUACUGUAUAGCCACUGUAUAACCACUCCAUAACCACUGUAUAGCCACUGUAGAACCACUCCAUAACCACUGUAUAACCACUGUAUAGCCAUUGUAUAACCACUAUAUAACCACUGUAUAGCCAUUGUAUAGCCAUUGUAUAGCCACUGUAUAGUCACUGUAUAGCCAUUGUAUAACCACUGUAUAACCACUGUAUAGCCACUGUAUAGUUAUUGUAUAACCACUGUAUAGCCACUGUAUAGUUAUUGUAUAACCACUGUAUAGCCACUGUAUAACCAUUGUAUAACCACUGUAUAACCACUGUAUAACCACUCUAACCACUGUAUAGCCAUUGUAUAACCAAUGUAUAACCAUUGUAUAACCACUGUAUAGCCACUGUAUAACCACUCCAUAACCACUGUAUAGCCACUGUAUAACCACGGUAUAACCACUCCAUAACCACUGUAUAGCCACUGCAUAACCAUUGUAUAGCCAUUGUAUAGCCACUGUAUAGUCACUGUAUAGCCAUUGUAUAACCACUGUAUAGUUAUUGUAUAACCAUUGUAUAGCCACUGUAUAACCACUGUAUAGCUAUUGUAUAACCACUGUAUAGCCACUGUAUAGUUAUUGUAUAACCACUGUCUAACCAUUGUAUAACCACUGUAUAACCACUGUAUAGCCACUGUAUAACCACUCCAUAACCACUGUAUAGCCACUGUAUAACCACUCCAUAACCACUGUAUAGCCACUGUAUAACCACUCCGUAACCACUGUAUAGCCACUGUAUAACCACUCCAUAACCACUGUAUAACCACUCCAUAACCACUCCAUAACCACUGUAUAGCCACUGUAUAGCCAUUGUAUAACCACUGUAUAGCCACUGUAUUGCCACUGUAUUGCCACUGUAUAACCACUGUAUAGCCACUGAUAACAACAUGUACCUGUUAUUACUAUCUCUUGCAUGCUUGAGUUUCAGUUCCAUUUAUAUUGAACUUGUGUGUAUUUGUGUGCAUGUCAGCUCUCUUCUCACUCACUGCUUGCCUCGGUCUUCACCCCUCCCCUCAGCCACAGGUGUGCAUGGUAACCAAAGCCUUGUCGUAGCAACCGGUACACAGCCCAAACCCCUCCCCUUUCCCUUCUCUUCUCCCAACACUAACUCUCUCCCCUCUCCCAACUUCUCUGUGUGUCGGCUUGUGUGUGUGUGGCCCUUUCCAAAGGGUCCCUCCAUCCCUUCCACACACUAACUGACUCUGUGCCCGUGCCAAGGCAGAAGAGGGCAUCCCCAGCCCCUAUGGAGGUGCCGGACAUGGCAGUGCCCACAGUACCAGUAGUACCCGUUGCUGACUGCUGCUCUCUGCUGUGUUUCUAUCUCCAGCACAACAAGGCUGCGGUACAGAUCAAGCAAGACAUGAAGAAGAUGGUCCAGUUGCCCAUGCUGAGGGGGACCUCCAGGGGACCUCGAGGAGUGGAGGCCAGGGGCGGUAGGCUGUUCGGCGUGUCCCUGCUGGAGCUCAGGGAGCUGGGCCUCGUGAAGGAUGGCGUGCCCCUGGUGGUGCGGAGCAUGGUAAAGUUCCUACGAGAACAUGCUCUUCAUCAUGAGGGUCUGUUCAGGGUCAACGGUAAUGUACGGGCGGUGGAGGGGCUGAAACAGCGGCUGGAGAACGGUGAGGACGUGGACUUCCUGGUUGAGGCGGAUGUGUGUACAGUGGCCAGCUUGUUCAAACAGUACCUCAGGGACCUGCCAGAAGGCCUGGUAGACUCCACCGUACAGCCUGCCCUUAUAAAGCAGCACCAGGAGUCCAGUGAGGAGGGUUUCUGCUCAGACCUGAGGGUCUUACUCCGCCAGUUGCCAGAUGUCCACUACAGCCUCCUACAGUACCUCUGUCUCUUCCUCACCCAGGUGGACCAGCGCCACAGGGAGAACCUCAUGACCGCUCUCAAUCUGGCAACUGUCUUCGGCCCCAAUGUCUUCCAGUAAGUUUUGCAGCCCGUC